AUGGCCGGCCUGGACGCGUUCUUCCGGCCCGUGCCGCUUUUCGGCGCCGCCGCGCUCCUCCGUGUGGCGAUGCUGUACUACGGACUAUGGCAGGACGCCAUCUCCGCCGUCAAGUACACCGACAUUGACUAUCUGGUCUUCACCGAUGCCGCUCGCUUCACUGCUCAAGGGCGUUCGCCCUACGACCGCGAAACUUACCGCUACACGCCACUUUUGGCGUGGAUGCUCGUGCCUACGGCGUGGCAAGGAUGGUUCUCCUUCGGCAAGGUCGUUUUCGCGGUCGCUGAUUUGCUGGCCGGGUUCUUGAUUGUGCGCAUUCUCGAGAGGCGCGGCGUGGAGAUGGGUAGAGCAUUGAAGUUUGCCAGUAUCUGGCUGCUGAACCCCAUGGUCGCAACGAUCAGCACUCGUGGAAGCUCCGAGGGACUCCUGGGUAUAUUGGUCAUGGCGCUGCUUUGGUCCGUGCUAGAGAGACGGACGACGCUGGCUGGGCUAUUGCUUGGCUUUGGAGUCCACUUCAAAAUCUAUCCUUUCAUCUAUGCGCCAGCUAUUGUAUGGUGGAUGGAUGAUGAGACGCUCGGUCGAAAGGGGACGGCCUCUGCUCAGGCGCAGACUUUGGGCGAAGCCUUGGUCAAGUUCAUCAAUGCUGAAAGAGUCAAGUUGGCCAUUGUCAGUCUUGCGACCUUCAUGGGGCUCAACAUUGCCAUGUUUUCUAUCUAUGGCACGCCGUUCUUGGUGCAUACUUACUUCCACCACGUCACCAGAAUCGACCACAGGCAUAACUUCAGUCCUUAUAACGUCCUGUUGUAUCUGACGUCCGCUUUCCCAUCCACGGCUACUCUUCGCAUCGAAUCCGUCGCAUUUCUUCCCCAAAUCCUGCUGUCAACGGUGCUUAUUCCGUUCAUCCUAGCCAAGAAGGACCUUGCAACUUCGAUGAUGGCGCAGACGUUUGCUUUCGUGACCUUCAACAAAGUCUGUACGAGCCAGCAGUAUUUCCUGUGGUACAUGGUCUUCCUGCCCAUUUACCUCCCCGGCUCACAGUUCCUCAAAAGUCCGAAGCUUGGAGCUACAGCAUUGGGUCUUUGGAUCGUGUCUCAGGCUGCUUGGUUACAGCAGGGCUUCAAUCUGGAGUUCUUGGGCAUUAGCACCUUUUUCCCGGGCUUAUUCGCAUCAUCUGUGGGAUUCUUCCUCGUUAAUUGUUGGAUCUUGGGUAUUAUGGUCAACGACGGCGAGUCAACAACCAUUCAAACAGAUGGGAAAGUCAAGCGAUAA